AUGUUUCACGCGACACGAUAUGGUCCGCAUCCUCCCUUGAAAACGGAAAAUCCAACGUCUGACCGAGAAGAGUUCGUCGUGUUCAAUCCUGCCAAUGGGCAGGAGCUUUCCAGGAUCUGGUCGACGUCCCAAGAUGAAGUAGAAACAGCAAUCAAUCGUGCCCAUCAAGCAUUUGACUCGGGGUUAUGGUCAAGAGCUUCGACAUUUGCCCGGGCCAAAGUCUUGACGAACCUUGCCCGUAUUCUGGAAUCCCGUCUUCCUGAGAUGGCGACCAUAGAAUCUCUUCAGACAGGAAGGACGAUAAGGGAAAUGCGUGCUCAAUUGGGACGCUUACCUGAAUGGAUCGAUUAUUAUGCUGCUCUGCUUCGGACGACUCAAGGGUUUGUUGCACCGACACAGGGACCCCUUCUCAACUAUGUACAACGCAUCCCCCUCGGGGUAGUUGCCCAGAUAACUCCUUUCAACCAUCCUUUGUUGAUCGCUAUAAAGAAGAUCGCCCCAGCGUUAGCCGCGGGUAACAGCGUCAUAGUGAAGCCAUCCGAGUGGGCACCUAUUACUGUUCUUGAGUUUGCCAAAAUGGCCGAGGAGGCAGGCGUACCUGCCGGUGUAUUAACGGUGCUUCCUGGCUUUGGACAAACAACUGGAAAAGCAAUCAUCAGCAGUCCUUUGAUUCGCAAAGUAGACGUCACUGCUGGUACGCAAACUGGACGUGUAAUGGGGAGCAUUGUUGGCUCCAAUCUCGCGUCUUUCACGGCCGAGCUCGGAGGCAAGGCUCCAAUCAUCAUCUUUGAUGACGCGGAUCUUGUCUCUGCAGUUAACGGUGCAGCCUUCGCCUCAUUUGUUGCUUCAGGUCAGACAUGUGUGUCCGGUACUCGACUGAUAAUACAAGACGGCAUCUACGAUACCUUCAUGGAUCUCUUCCUGAAAAAGGUAGAAAGCAUUUAUAGGCGUAUGGGUGACCCUAUGAAUCCCAAAUCUAGCAUGGGCACUGUUAUAUCUCCGCAAAGCCUUAAACGUAUUGAAGGCAUGAUGUCGCGUACAACAGGCAAAGUCAUAUUUGGCGGUCAAAGAAUGACUGGCAAGUCGGAGCUGGACAAUUCCGACUUCUCUCAAGGAAGUUUCUUCCCACCUACAGUAGUCGUUGACAUCGAUACAAGUGAUGAAUUGUGGGAGGAAGAAGUCUUCGGUCCUGUAGUAGUUGUGAACCGAUUCGCCACUGAAGGAAAUGGCGUUACGUUGGCCAAUGCGUGCAAAUACGGUCUUGGGGCCGGUAUUUGGACCUCUAACCUUUCCAGAGCGCAUCGCGUUGCCGCUGAUAUUCAGGCCGGGCUCUGCUGGGUCAAUACUCACCAUCGAAAUGACCCGAGCUCACCCUGGGGAGGAAUGAAAGAAAGCGGCAUCGGGAGAGAAAAUGGCUUUGAAGCUUUCGAAUCAUAUUCUCAAAGCAAAUCUACCAUUGUGAAUAUUGCUACAGCAGAGACAACACGCUCGACAGACGACUGGUUCUCUGAAGGACCCGCAGGAAAGCGGUACGGUUGA